GGACCGGGCGGUCGUACGGCUCCCCGGUCUCCACGGACCGGGGCGGACGCCCCAGCGGACUCGUGCUGGCGCAUGCUGGCGACCGGCGCAAACGUGCAAGCCAUGACAGCGGACAGCGCCGAUGGUCACCGGGAGUACUGGGUUGGCGCCAGAGCAUGCUCCUGCUGUGCUUUCUGGUGAUCAUGACGCAUGUCAUUACCCUUAGAAGGUUCGCGGACGUGCAGGGCGCACGUUUCAAGCAAGUGCGCAACCAUCGCACCCACAUGCGUGCUCUCGAAGGCAUCCCCAGGCCAUGCCUACUUGCUUUUGAGUAUAGCUCUAUGUUUAGAACACAUCGCAAUACCGUUGAGGCUCACUUCGGGGUUGCCGUUGACCCUCGCCCUGGGCUCGCAUGCCUCCGGGCACGCUGAAAUGGCACAACGCUGGCCGCACAAGCUUUGCAUUUGAUAUUCUAAAGCGCUUACGGCAGUCGGCCAAGCGAAACGAGCUAAUUUCGAGCUAAACAACGACCCGAGAUUGGCCAGCGGACCGGGCCCGUACGAUUCCCGGUCCGCCAGGGGGGAAGUAGACCUCAUGCAUCUCUAAGAUAACAACGUUACCUAUUCAACGCAUUGCAAUGGCGAGCGCUCCGGCUGGAGGCACCGCAGCGGACCUCGCGGAUGCCUUGCUGGGUCAGGAAGCGCUGCUGUUCUCGCGCAAAUUUACCAAGGAGAAGGCAGGAGACCAUGUCAAUGAGGUCACCUUUGACUUCCCGGUCACGGUCACGCGGAUCGUCCUUUCCGACCCAGAUGGAGAGGCCGCGGCAGCCGCCGGCGCAGCGGGCGGCGAGGCUGCCAAGCCGCCUCAGCCGCCGCUGCUGCGCGCCUUUGCUCGCGACCUGGCGCACCCCAGCAGCUGUCGCUUCGCGGCGCUAUACGCGUCCAACAUGUCUGUGGGUGGCGAGCAGGGCGGGAGCAGCAGCAGCUUUGCCACUGAGCCCGUGGUCACGGACCACGUGAUCCUGCGCGGGCGGUACACCUCCGUGUCCGUACAGCUGUACGGGCGUACGGACCAGGACCCGCUGGCCGCCGUACGCGGCGCGCUGGCGGCGCCGGAGGCGGGCGGCGCGGUGGCGGGCGGCGCGGUGGCGGGCGGGCACGGGCACCACCCUCUGCCCGCUGAGGACCGGGCGGCUCUGGAGGCGCAGCAGCAGGCGCUGCUGCAGCGGCAGCGGCAGCAGCAGCAGCAGCAGGGGCAGGGGCAGGGGCAGGGCCAGGGCCGGGGGGGCAAGCGGCCGCGGCUGAGCCUGCCGGUUAUGUGUUUGCCGCUGCGGACUCCGCAGCCGGCGGAGGCGGGGUCAGAAGAGGCGGGGAAGCGGACGUGGCCGGAGGGCUCCAUGGCGCCGGCACCGGACCUCAUGCCGCCGGGCUCUUCGCUGCUGCCUCUGGAGGGUGUGCCGCCGGCGCUGCUGUCGGCGCUGCGGCAGGCGGCGGAGUACUUCAAGGAGGUGGGCCGCAGCCACAGCCGCAUCUCCGGCAACCCGCCCGCUGGCCGCCUGGCCCCGCUCAUGGCCGCAGCCAAGGCCGUGUGCCGCGCGCUGGGCGGCGCCGCCGGAGACCUGGAGCUAGCGCUGGCGGCCGGCGGCGGCGGUGGAGCAGGAGGAGGAGAGGGCGGCGGUGGCCGGAUAAGUGGCGGCGGCGCGGGCGCUGGUGCUGGCGCUGGUGCUGGCGCUGGCGCUGGCGCUGGCGCUGGGGCUGCGGCGGGUGGGGCUGUGGGGCGCGCGGAGCUCCACUCGCUGGUGGAGAUGGCGGGCGACUGGACACAGCUGCUGGCAGGUGGCAGGUGCAACCGGCUGGAGGAGGUGAACGUGGGCGUAGCGGGCGUGGCGGCGGCGGUGCUGCUGGCCGUGUGCGCGCCCACAGCGCCGCUGCUGCUCGCGGCCGGCGGCGCCGGACACGUCAUGGCCGCGCUGCGGCUGCCGCACCCGCCCGCCGACCUGGUGCGGCUGGCGGUGGCGGUGGCGGACGGCCUCACGCUCACCUGCCCCGGACCCGCGGCGGAGGUGCUGCUGGGCAGGUACACGCCGCCGCCGCCGCCGCCGCCCGCCGAGGAGGAGGCGGGGGCAGGGGCGGGCGCGCGGCCGGGGCCUGGUGGAGAGGAGGCGGGCGGCAGCGCGGCGGCCGGCGUCAAGACGGAGGCGAAGGAGGUGAAGCCGGACCCGGCGGUGAAGCCCGAGCUCAAGGAGGAGCAGGGCCCGGCUGUGGCGGCGGCGGCGGCGGCGGCGGCAGGCGGCGCGGGAACCGCCACGUACGGCGAUGCGCAGGCGCGAGGCGACGAUGAUGAUGUGGACAUGGCGGCGGCGGCGGCCGGCAGCGGAGACGAGGAUGGCGGCAAUCCACAUACGGCAGAGGGCGUGCCGGGCGGUGGCGCAGGCGGCAGCGCAGCUGCGCGGAUGCAGCGGGCCGGCAGUGGCGGCGCCGGCGGCGGCGCGGAGGGUGUCGAGGGCGAUGAGCAGUACGAUGCUUUCUACGAUGACUUUGAGGAUUACUACGGCGCCGAGGGCUAUGAGGGUGCCGCCGACGGCGAGGGCGGUGGCGGCGGCGGCGCCGGCGCCGCCGCUGCCGACGCCACUGACGCUGCCGACGCAGACGGUGUGGAGGCGGAGGCGGGGCCAGGCGACGACGAUGACGGCGCGGGCGCCGCCGCCGCACCUGCCGGCGCGGGACCGGGGCGCAGCGGCCGCAGCAGCGGUGCCAGCAGCAGCGGCAGUAGCAGCAGUGACGACAGCAGCAGUAGCAGCAGCGGCUCGGGGAGUGGGAAGGGCCGCGGCGGCGGCGGCGGCGGCGACGAAAUGGAGGUGGCGAAGCCCGAGGCAGAGGCGAGGGACGCGGCUGCAAACGGCAAAGACGAGGGGAAAGGAAAAGACGCCGAAGGCGACAAGGAGCGGGGGCGGGAGAUGAAGCAGGAUGUCGGCAACGACAAGGACCGGGAAAGGGAGAAGGACCUGAUGCGCUCGGACCGAGAUGCUGACGACCGCAGUGGGCGCAGCACGCGCAAGGGCAGCGGCCGCCGGCGCUCUCGCUCUCGUUCUCGCGGCCGUGACCGUGACCGCUCACGCUCGCGGUCUCGCUCACGGUCUAGGUCCCACGGCCGCCGCGACGCGCGACGCCGCUCGCGCUCAAAAUCCAAGUCCCGGUCGCGCAGCCCGCGAGGCGGCCGCCGCAGCCCCGCGCGCGGCAGCGGCGGCGCCACGGCGGCGGCGCAGCCGCCCGAGUCAGCGGCGCGGCGAGCGGAGGCCGCGCGCCCCUCGGCGAUGGCGCCGCUGCUGCUAGCGAUGCUGCGCCGGCGCCGCACGCCUGCGGUCGCCGCCGCUGCCGCGCGCGUCAUGCGGCGGCUCGCCGUCGCGGACCUGGUCGGCACCGUGGUCGUAGAGGCCGGCAAGCUGGCGGCGGCGGCGCCUGGCGUCGGCGACAACCCCCUGCCUGACGCAGCCAGCCGCACCACCGGCGCCGCCGCCAGCGCCAUCCACGCCGUCAAGCAGCUCUCCGCCAUCGCGGCGGCCAUGCCCGACCUGGCGGAGGCGGUCGCCGCGGGCGGCGGCGGCGCCGCCGCCGCCGACGCCGGCGGCGCCGCCAGCACCGUGCCGCUGCUAGGCGCAGAGCUGGCGGCGGCGCUGGGCGGCGGGCCUGGUGCCGACGGCCGGCCGCCGCUUCCGGAGCCACCGACACCAGACGCGGCCACGCUGCAGAUCCUGGCUGGCCGGCCGCUCUUCGCCUCGCUCGCCCUGGCGGUGGACGCCGCACACGCGCACCUGGCGGUGCUGCGGCAGGCGCUGGACGCGGCGGCGGCGGCCGCCGCCGCCGCGCGCGGCAGCGACGACGCGGCGGCGGCGCACGCCGCCGCCUCGCAGCAGCAGGCGGCCGCCUACACCUCCUCCCACCUCAGCGCCAACCUCAUGUCGCUGCUGGCGGGCCUGCGCAUGCUGCUGGUGCCGCUGCUGUCCACGCCGGCGGGUCUGGCGGUGGUGACGGCGCCGGCGGCGCGGCCCGGCCUGGCGGCGCUCAUUCGCGCGCUGGACCCGGCGGCGGAGGACGCCGUCGCCGUCGCAACCGGCUGCGGCGCGCCGGCGGCGCGCCGCGCCAUUGGUGCCGCCGCCAUGGCGGCAGCGGCUGCCGCCAGUGGCGGUGCCGGCGGCGCCGGCCCCGCCGCCGAGAUCGCCGCCAUGCUGUGCGACGCGCUGGCGGCGGACGCCGCAGUGAAGAUGCUGGCCGGCGGCGGCGCCGCCGCCACCGGCGGCGCCGUCACCGUCCCGCGGGACAUGGGCUCAGUGUACGGCACCUGCGGGCCCGCCAUCCAGACGCUGCUGCAGAUGUGCGCCGGCGGCGACGCCGGCCGCCAGGCGGCGGUUGCGGCGCUGGCGGCGUCGCGGCCGGCGCUGGCGACCCUGCUGCGUGCCGUCAAGCUGCGCAGCCGUGCGGCGCGCGCGCUGGCGGCGGCGGCGGCGGGCGGCGGCGACGCGGCGCAUCACGGGGCGAUGCUGUACGACGAGGAGGACGACACGUCCUUCCAGCCCGAGUGCCUGUACGGCAGCGCGCUGCUGCUGGCGGUGGUGCGCGACACGCGGCUGAGCGCGCUGGCGGGCUGGCUGCCCAUCGCGGGCGCCAUAGCGGACGCGGCUCGCGGCGAGGCGGAGCUGCUCGCGGCCGCCGGCCCCGCCACCGCCGCCGCCGCCGCCAGCGGCCCCAAGCUGCUGUCGGCGCUGGGGGUGGACGUGGAGCAGGCGCGCCGCACCGCCCGCGAGCUGCAGGGCCGCGCGGAGGCGGGCCAGGUGCUGGCGGGCGGCGGCGGGCUGCCGGCCCUGCUGCGGCUGCUGGAUGAGGGGCUGCCGCGCCUGACCGCCGCUACCUCCAACACCGCCGCCACCGCCGCGCCCAACACGCCCUACGCCUCCCGCGCCGCGCCGCGCGACGUGGAGGCACGUGCCGCCGCCGCCCUCAUCCGUGGUGCCGGCGGCGCCGGCCCCGCCGAGCGGCCCACCGCCGCCGCCGCCGCCACGGCUGCGCUGGAGCUGCUGGGGGCGGCGCUGCGGGGCCCCGCGGGCCGGCUGACGGCGGCGCAGUUGUUCGGGCAGGGUGCGCUGGCGAUCCUGGAGCGCGCCGUCCGCACCGGCACCUCCGCCCUCCGCGCCACCGCCUCCGACAGCGCCUGGGCCUUCGUCGGCGGCGACGCCAUCGACCCAACCGACCGCGCCCGCAACCGCCGCGCCGCCGUCGCCCUCCUCGCCGCCGCCACCGGCGCCCUCUCGUCGCUGCUGCUCGCGCUGCGCCCGCUGGCGGCGCCCGGCGGCGGAGCCGCCGGCGGCGGCCUGCGGCUGCGCAGCCGCGGCGCCGUCGACGCGCUGCUGGCGGCGCACGCCGCCGCCACCGUGCACUCGUACGACAGCCUGGCGGCUUCGGCGGCGGUUGGCGCGACGCACGUGCACGGCGCGGCGCCGCCGGCGGCCGGGCCGGAGCUGCUGCCGGCGCGGCUGGCGGCGGCGGCGGCGCUGGGCGCCUGGGUGGAGGCGGGCUGGGAGCCGGCGGUGCUUCCCGCCGCCUUCGGCCUGGCGCAUAGCUACCGACCCGAGGCCGCCGCCGACAGGGCCCAUCUGGGCUUCGGCGUGAUCCUAACCGCCGCCGCGGCGGCGGAGGACGCGUCGGCGACGCCGCCGCCGCCGGAGGGUCGGGAGCCGUCCAGCACGGCGCUGGCGCCGGAGGCGGCGUACUGCCUGAUGGUGCUGCUGGGGGAUGUGUUUCCGCGGGAGUGGCCGCCGCCCGCCAGCCCGGCGGCGCAGCAGCAGGGACUGCAGCCGGCGGCGUUCCCGCCGCCCUCCCACAUGGCGCGCCGCUCCGCGCUGGCCAGCGCUCUGGAGUCGGUGUCGCCUCAGUUCCUGCGCCUGCUGGCCUUCGCCUACGGCAGCGAGGCGCGCAUGCUGCGCUGCGCCGCCGUGCGGUGCGUGGUGCGCGGCGCCGGCCUGGGCGGCGGCAUGCCCGGCUUCCUGGUGGCGCCGCUGGUGGAGGCGCUGGCAGCCAUUGUGCGUGGCGCGGGCGCGCAACCGGGCGCGGCGGCGCUGCCCGGCUCGCCGCCUGUGGCUCUGACGGAUGCGAGGCGGCUGUUUGAUUUGCUGGUGCCGCUGGCGUACAAGCCCACACUCAAGGCCGCUUUGCUGGACGCGCGCGUGGUGUCCGUCAUCGCGCGCUUCAUCCACAAGGUCGCCACCUCCGCCCUCAACCCGGCCGCCGCCUCGACAGCAGCAGGCGGCGCGGCGGGCGCCGCCGCCAGCGCCGCCGAGGCCGCUGAGGCGGUGGUGGUGGCCGGCCAGGCGCUGGACGCGCUGCGCAUGCUGCUGGACCCCGACCUUAGCCUGGCGCCCAGCGCGCCGCGGGAGCAGCGCCUGCGGGAGGACGUGCCGCCCCUGACCGAGUCCGCGGCGCUGGUGACGGCGCUGCUGGCGGUGCUGCCCUUCCUGGGGCCGCACAACGCCGCGCUGGCGGCGCAGCUGCUGGCGCUCAAUGAGCGGUUCGGCCUGGCGGGCUACCCGCUGGGGCGCGCCGCGCUGCGGCAGGGCGCAGCCAAGGUGCACUCGGCGCAGGGCGGCGGCUCCAUCAGCGGCAGCGAGCUGGCACGGCAGGUGGAGGCCCUCCGUUGGUGCGCCGCCGAGCUGCAGCAGCGCGCCGCCAGCGCCCGAGCCUCCGCCGGCGGCACCGGCGGCGGCGGCAGCGCCGCCGACGGUGCGGCCGUGGCGGCGGCGUGUGAGCAGGUGGCGCGCAAGCUUGAAGAGGUGGCGAGCGAGACGAAAGAGUCCGACGUUGCGAUGGAGUUUCAGCCGCCGCCGCCCGCCUUUCAGCGCUACGUCGCCGCCGUCGCCGCCGCCAACGAGGCCGCGGCAGCGGCGGCGUCAGCCGCCGCCGGAGGCGGCGGCGGCGACAGCGGCAGCGGCGGCAUCGCCGCCGCGGCCGCGGCGGCGGCGGAUGAGGCGGCGGAGGCUGAGGAGGCGGCGGCGGCGGCGUGGCCUUGGCCGUCUGUGUGCGACAACGCCACGCUGUCGUUCUGGCGCUACUGCCGCUCCAAGGUGGUCCGAGCCAGCCUCAGCAGGAAGCUAACCAGGUGGGACUGCUCCACGCCCUCCGCCGAGCUGUCCGCCGCCUCGCUGCUCCCCGCCGAGCCCCUCUCGCGCCGCCGCCGGCCGCGCGACGUUCCGCGCCCAACCGCCGCCGCGCCGCGCAAGGACGGCGUCGGUGCCGCUGCCAGCGGCGGCGGAGCCGCUGCCGCCGGCGCCGGCGGAGCCGGCACGGGCGUGGGUGGUGGCGAUGUAAUGGACGACAUUCCGAUCGUGAUGGGCACGCGCCGCCGCGGCGACAUGCGCGGACGGGGCAGCAGUAGCCGGGCUCCCUCCAAACACGUGGAUGACUACCAGCGGAUGUCAGGCAGCGGCGGAGCGGCGCCGGCGGCGCCGCCGCCGCCAGGACCGCCGCCUGCCACUGGCAGUGGCGGCAUGGGGCCGCCGCCGCCACGCCCACCCGGCGCGGCCGGCGGUGGCGGCGGCUUCCCGCCGCCACCAGGUGCCGGCGCUGGCGGCGGCGGUGGCCGCGGCUUCAGUGGCGGCGGUGGUGGUGGCUACCGCCCGCCGGCGCUUCAGCAGCUGCCGAGCGCUGACGCGGACUCGUUGUACGAUGACUUGUUUGCGCCGACGCCGGGCUCAGCUGGUGGCGGCGGUGGUGGCGGCAUGGUCCGGGCGCCGUCGGCAGGCGGCGGCGGCCUGCCGUCGGCUCGCAGCAUUGGAGGCGCCGGCCCCUCGGGCAGUCUUGGGACGCCCGGCGGUGCCUCGCAGCAGCAGCAACAACAGCAGCAGCAGCAACAACAACAACAGCAGCAGCAGCAGCAGCAACAGCAACAGCAGCAGCAGCAAUGGCGGCAACAGCAGCAGCCGCAGCUGCAGCGGCAUAGUGGUGACUAUGGCGAUGCGUUGUAUGCGGACCUGCAGCCACCUCCGCCACAGCAGCAGCACCCGCUGCAGCAGCAGUCCUCCUUCCCUGGGCCGCCGCAACAGCAGCAGCUGCAGCUGCAGCAGCAACAACAACCGGCGCAGAUGCAGCACAUGCAACAGAUGCAACAGCAGCAGCCGGCUAUGGGUGGUGGUGGCGGCGGCGUGUCACCGGACAUGAUCAAGGCUCUGCUCAGCGACCCUGCCAAGCUGCGCGCCCUGAUGGCCUCAAACCCGGCCCUGGCAGCUGUCAUCUCGCCGCUGCUACAGCAGCAGCACCGGUAGACGGGGCGCCGGCAAGGGGGCGUUCGGUGGUGGCUCUGUGUGCGGCAGGUAGUAGAAGGUAGGAGAAGAGCCCGCAUGCAGCCAAGGAGUUUCGAUGCGGGCCGGCUGUUGAAGCUUCUGCAAAUGGUCCAGGGUAGAGAGCCUGUGUUGCUGCGCGGCCCUGAAGGAUCCGCAUCGAACGCGUCGACUGUAUGGCCGAAAUGUUGACGUGAGCGAGCGACGGCUGAAUGGCAGAUGGUAUAACGAAAGUGGAAUAUAAAAGGCCUCGGCGUGCAAGCGUGGGGGCCGGAGGGGGAUACACAAUCCGCAGCCGAUGCACAGGAUUUCGGGCCACAAUCUUCAAACCCAUGCAGUAAUACUUGCAAUUGUAAAAAAAACUCUUG